AUGCUUUCGUCUAACCUGUAUCUUCUGGCCACGGGCUUGACUCUGUCAACAGCCUUUGCCAGGCCAAAUGUGGUCCGCCGCGACGAGACUCCCCAACUACCCUAUGAUCCAAACACUACUCCAUACUGCACAUGGUGGGUAGACGAUGAUGGUUCAAGCUACGAUGAUGGUUCAAGCUACGAUGAUGGUUCAAGCUACGAUGAUGGUUCAAGCAAGUGCGCUGGUAUCCCUGCCUAUUGGGCUAUAUUGAUGGAAGACUUUGUCCGAUGGAACCCAUCCGUCGGUAGCGACUGCGCAGGAUAUGUUUCCGGCAAGUCUUACUGUGUUGAAGCAUACGGAGAACCAACUCCUGGUACUGGCACAACUACUACUAAAGUCACGACCACUUCAAGUGCCACCACUCCAAGCACCACUACAACUGGUGGUGCCCCGGGACCUACCCAGUCAGGACAAGUGACCAACUGCAACAAAUGGGAUCUCGUUCAAUCCGGAGACACAUGCAGCGUCUACCUGGCCAAGUAUCCCGGCCUGACCUUGGCCAACCUCGUCGCAUGGAAUCCCGCCAUUGGGUCCCAGCGCCAGUCUCUUUGGGUAGACACAUAUAUAUGCACCGGUGUAACCGGCUGGACCCCUAGCCCGACCACUACCAAGGCUACCAGGAAUUAG